AUGUCGCAGCGAGGAGGAAGUAUAGGAGAAGCGCAUCGUCACUGUCGCGUCGAGGACACGAAGAUGAGGACGACAGGGGCACGUCCUUUCGUCGAGGACUAUGUCGGCGGACCUUCUCCUUCCUCAAGCCGUCCGCUUGCUGCUACUCCAACUAGAGUCGAAGAUGAAGGCUACUGCCUUCCACCCUUCUCUUCUUCCAACCCCGGAGACGCAGAGAUCCUGAGGCACCUCCUUCGGCUGCUCGAGCGCUACCACUCCGUCGGCCACAACGGGGUGAACGCCGGCCUACCUUUGUGGGACCCGUGGAACAUCCCAGGAAUGCCGCUCGACGAGGAAGAAGCCAAUAGAAGGGAGAAGUAUUACGUCACCGAUUGCUCUGUCCUCAAGAGCAGUUGUACCAAUCCGGCGACGCAAACUGGGUACAGGAAGCCGCGUGACCUCGGGUGGGGGAUUCCUGGCGAGAGCAUCGGGCCAGCACAGGUCACCGGUUUGAAGACGACCUACGACUUCCACAUUGGAGAAACCAUAUACCAGGAAGGAAGCAAAGGAACUAGCUGGAUCAUGGACGUCUACUCCCUGAUUGAGAAUGGUCAGGUCGAGGGGAUGCAGAUAGUCUAUAUGCGAAUCAGGGGAUGA